GGUUGGCGGGAGCGCAGAGGGGGCGGCCGCCGCCAGCGCCGCCGCGCAGGAGCAGGAGGAGGAGGAGAAAGGGUGCGCAGCCCGGAGGCGGGGUGCGCCGGUGGGGUGCAGCGGAAGAGGGGGUCCAGGGGGGAGAACUUCGUAGCAGUCAUCCUUUUUAGGAAAAGAGGGAAAAAAUAAAACCCUCCCCCCACCACCUCCUUCUCCCCACCCCUCGCCGCACCACACACAGCGCGGGCUUCUCGCGCUCGGCACCGGCGGGCCGGGCGCGUCCAGCCUUCAUUUAUUAAGCAGCUUUUCGGAAAAUGCAUUUGCUGUUCGGAGUUUAAUCAGAAGAGGAUUCCUGCCCCCGUGCCCGGCUCGUCCGCCGGCCCCCGGUCCCUGUCUGUCUCCCGUGGAGGAGUGAAGCGGUCCCGCGGAUAGAGAUCCAUGUCUGUGCCCGCGCGUGUGUGUGCGUGUGUAAAUUGCCGAGAAGGGGAAAAUCACAGGACUUCUGCAAAUACCGGACUGAAAAUUGUAAUUCAUCUGCCGCCGCCGCUGCCUUUUUUUUUUUUUUUUUUCUCGUGCUCUUAAGAUCUCCGGUUGGGAUUCCUACGGAUUGACAUUUCUGUGAAGGAGAAGUCUGGGAAUCAAAUUGGAAAUUCUCCUAAUUUUUUACCCUUCCUCCCCCAACUCCUGAUUCAUUUGGAAGUUUCAAAGCAGCUAUAACUGGAGAGUUCUGAAGAUUGAUGGAAUCUUUGCCUUAUGCAUAUGUUUUGUUUUCACAAAAAAGGAAACUUGACAGAGGAUCAUGCUGUCCUUAAAAAAUACAACAUCGCAGAGGAUGUAGACUGAUAUGAACAAUAAUUAAUAAUAAUGUGCCUCAUGAAAUAAAGAUCCGAAAGAAAUUUAAGUAAAAAUUUCCUGCAUCUCAUGCCAAGAGGGAAACACCAGAAUCAAGUGUUCCGCGUGACUGAAGACACCCCCUCAUCCAAGAAUGCAAAGCACAUCCAAUAAAAUAGCUGGAUUAUAACUAUUCUUUCUUUGGGGCCGUGGGGCGGGAUCAGGGGCGAGAGGUGCUGCUGGUACCCGGCUGCUUUUCCUCGGGGGAAGGAUGGCGCACGCUGGGAGAACAGGGUAUGAUAACCGGGAGAUAGUGAUGAAGUACAUCCACUAUAAGCUGUCGCAGAGGGGCUACGAGUGGGAUGCCGGAGACGCGGGCGCCGCUCCCCCGGGGGCCGCCCCCGCGCCGGGCAUCUUCUCCUCCCAGCCCGGGCGCACCCCCGCGCCCGCCAGGACCUCGCCGCCCACCGCCCCGGCCGCCCCCGCCGCCGCCGCCGCCGCGGGCCCUGCGCUCAGCCCCGUGCCACCUGUGGUCCACCUGACCCUGCGCCAGGCCGGCGAUGACUUCUCCCGUCGCUACCGCCGCGACUUCGCGGAGAUGUCCAGCCAGCUGCACCUGACACCCUUCACCGCAAGGGGACGCUUUGCCACGGUGGUGGAGGAGCUCUUCAGGGAUGGGGUGAACUGGGGGAGGAUUGUGGCCUUCUUUGAGUUCGGUGGGGUCAUGUGUGUGGAGAGCGUCAACCGGGAGAUGUCGCCCCUGGUGGACAACAUUGCCCUGUGGAUGACUGAGUACCUGAACCGGCACCUGCACACCUGGAUCCAGGACAACGGAGGCUGGGCCGUGUGGAUGGAUACUAGCUUGGGCUGCCAUAGUCCCAGGCACGGAGCUUUUGGACUUCAAGAGAUAAAUCAGGAUGCCUUUGUGGAGUUGUACGGCCCCAGCAUGCAGCCUCUGUUUGACUUCUCCUGGCUGUCUCUGAAGGCCCUGCUCAGUCUGGCCCUGGUGGGAGCUUGCAUCACCCUGGGUGCCUACCUGGGCCACAAGUGAAGUCAGUAGGCCUGCCACACACAAAUAUGCAAAAGGUUCACUAAAGCAGUAGAAAUAUAUGCAUUGCCAGCAACGUACCAUGAAACGAAGCUGUGGUCUCUUAAAAACAAAACAUAAAACAAAACAAAAACAGCUUUCAGGCUCAGUGUCGAAUCAGCUAUUUACUGCCAAAGGGAAAUACCAUUUAUUUUUUACAUUAUCAAGAAAAAAAAAAGAUUUAUUUAUUUAAGACAGUCCCAUUGAACCUCCUGUCUUUGGAAACCCUGCCACUAACUGCCGAGCCCCACCUGUGCAGCGCCACCUGGAUCUCCUGUGCCUAUAAACACGGAUUUGUUUUCCAUGUUGCUAGCUGGACUGACUCACCAUCUGAAGAGCAAACAAACUGACUGACAAAGGACUUGACUGUUCCAGAAGCUGGGUGUCUGGCUGCUGGAGGUUAGGAAAAAGGUGUUCGUUUUCCUUGCAUUUUUCUGCCCUGGGGGCUGCGAUAUGAAGAGAGGGAAGGUGCUCGGUGGGAAGUCCAUUCUUCCCUGGUCUGAAGAAGACACACUUAGCAUUUGGCUCGCAUGGUACAUACCCGGUUGGAAGGAAAAAAACUGGGGAACUUCAGAUGGACUUGGUGUCCACCAGGAUUCCCACACCGAAGGACAGUGAUGGGGAAAAUGCCGUUAAACCAUAGGAAAGUAUUUUUUUAAGCUACCAAUUGUGCCGAGAAGCAUUCUAGCAAUUUAUCCAAUAGCAUCCAGUACCUUAAAGCCCUGAUGUGUAUACUCAUACAUUUUGGAUACACUCUCCCCCAGAUACUGGCUUUGUCUGUGUACGAAACAGAAUCCUCCAGAAUGCGAGGAAGUGAACAUUUUGGUGACUUAUCCAGAAGCAUCAGGCCGCCACAAGUGCCUGCGUUUCCCUAAGAGACCACAGUCUGAAGUCCUGCCUUGCCCCAGCUCUGAGGCCUGGUCCUGGAACUGAGCCUGGGCACUCGCUGGCCUGCUCGUAGGGUUUUAAACAGAGCAGUGUGGUCUCGGAAUGUCUGGAAGCUGACAGCUCAGAAUCCCACUAUCAAGAAAGAACAGUCCUGGGCCUAUUACCCUGGGCCCUCUAGUCGGGCCCCUUCCCUCAUGGAGUGUGGAACCUGGAAGCCAAUGCUCAUAAGACGUUUAUCACUGUGGAGGGAAGGAAACAGAGGCACUGCGCCUUCCCCUGCAGAGGGAGGUGGUGUCGCCUUCGCCGGGAGGAAACGGAGGGAAGGAGACACGUGCAACCUGUGCACGGUGUGGCCGCGGCACAUGCGCGCUGGCUGCGCAGCCGCCCGCCUGUCUGCGCAAUCGAAAGCGAGGCUUUAAAUGACUUUGGGGAAAGUCGUAAAUCCGAAAGGAAGCGUUGAAAUGAGGUGUCAUGGAUUAAUUGACCUAGGUCUCUGGAAUUACAAUGUAAAACAUUACCUUGCCAUUGUAGUUUGGUUUUGUUUUGUUUUGUUUUGUUUUGUUUUUGGAAAACAUGACGGGGGGCGGGGGGGGGGAGUUCCAGGUGUGGAAUGUGGGAAUUGUCUGUACAUCCUGGGGCAUUAGAAAAGGAAAAAAAAAAAAAAGCGGUGGAAACUCUAGAGAAGUAGUAAAGAAGUGAAAUCUCCAGCGAAUAAACUAAAAAAUAUUUUUUUCAAUUAGAAUCAGCUUUGAGACAUUCAUGGAAUAACUGUGGCAUUAUCGCAUCAUAUACCAUUUAUCUGUAUUAACUUUGGAAUUACUACGUUCAAUGUUUAAUGCUGUGGUUGAUAUUUUGAAAGCUGCUUUAAAAAAAAGAUACAUGCAUCUCAGCAUUUUUUUUAAAACUGUAUUUAGUUAUGGCCUCUACACUUUUCGUUAGCAAAAAUUACCAUUUUUCUAUUUGGGAUUUUUGUCUCAAUUCUUUAAAAGCAUUUCUGAGAAGGUGAGAGAAGCCCCGGGUCUCAGCUACCUGAAAACCCUGGAGUAUCCUGGCCACUGUGGAGCCUUGCUUCAACCAAGUUAUGUGCAUUUGCGUGUCAACAGAAUUGUUUAUUGUGAAGGAUGUAUCUGUUGUCCCUUUGACCGGUUCCUUGAAGGUUUACUAGUCCCUGGGCAAAUUAGAAUCUAACACAUUACUUAGGAUGACAUACAUGUUUGGUUAAACCCAUGAGAUUCAUUCAGUUGAAAAUCCAGACGGGAAAUGACCAGGGGAUUAAAUUCUGACCAUGAGGGUUUGACCUUCAGAGGGUUGCUUUAUGUGGUCUGUUUUGACAGAGACCCGUCUAGAGCACUCCUGCCCUUCUUCCACAGGGCCCUUUUCAUGGCUGUCCUUCAGAUUCUUCUUGAAAUGCAGUGGCGCCUGUGCCCCACCCUGAGAAAGCAGGAAACCCGUGGUAUGAAGCCAGACCUCCCUGGCAGGCCUCAGGGAACCAAAUGAUCAGACCUUUGAAUGAUUCUAAUUUUUAAGCAAAAUACUAUUUUAUGAAAGGUUUACAUUGUCAAAAGCGAUGAGUAUAGAAUAUCAAAUCCUGUGCUGCUAUCCUACCAAGAUCAUUUAGUGGAGUCAAUUUGCAGUACUCUCCAAGUGGCAAAAUCCUCCAAGCUGCUUUAGAAGUAACAAUGAAGAACACAGACAUUUUUAAUAUAAAGCCUUUUUGUCUUUUGUUGUUGUUGUCAUUGUUUGUAUUGUUCAAAGGCAGAGUAUUCUAAAAAUGUAUAUAUAUAAAAGAGGUCAUGGGGCCUGACUUCUGGCUGGUUUUCUUUUGCUGUGGGGUAUUGUUGUCUGGUUUUAAUGGUAAAUGUGCUUGGCUACCUGACCCCCCCCAAAACUGUACAGUAUUGUGACUCCACUCGCUCUAAGAGUAGUUGAUGUUGCAUUUUUCUUGUUCUAAAAACAUGUUAGAAGCAAUGAACGUAUAUAAAAGCCUCAACUAGU